UCUCUUGGAGGUGACCUGUUGGAUACCCAGAUAGUGCGUUUAGAGGUUGGUGGUUGGCUCUUUUGCAACUGUUUUAUUCUGUUAUUUUGGGGGCUAGCAUCCUUAGUGGUAGUUCUGCUGAGGAUGCAGAGUCAGAACAUUCAGAGGCCCAGCUCCUGCACGAAGAAAGUGGUCAAGGACCACUAUGAGUUUCUAGGGGUCAUUGGGCAUGGCGGAUUUAGCCAGAUAAAACUAGCUCAACAUCACCUCACUGGGGAAAAAGUGGCAGUCAAAGUGGUGUGCAAAAAUGAGAAGAAUAUGGGAGUACUCUCAGAACCAGAUAUUAUGAGGAGCCUAGAUCAUCCGAAUAUCAUUCAAUUAUUUCAGAUCAUUGAAACUCAGAGAAAUAUCUACAUAAUAAUGGAAUACGCAGAUGGGGGGAAGUUACUUCACCAUAUUCCACCAGGUGGCAUGCAGGAGGAAAAGGCCCGCAGAUUUUUCAAACAGGUGGUGAGUGCCGUGGACUACUGCCAUGACAAGGGAAUUGUGCACCGAGACCUUAAGCCAGAGAAUGUCAUGGUAGAUGCCAGAGGCAACAUAAAACUUAUUGACUUUGGCCUCAGCACCUGGUUUACCUCUGGCCAAAAUCUCAGGCACUUCUGGGGCACUCUCUCACAUCUUGCCCCCGAAGUGGUCAUGAGGCAAGCACAUGAGGGCCCCCAAGUGGACAUCUGGAGCCUGGGCGUCAUGCUAUAUUUUUUGUUGACUGGGACCCGCCCUUUUGUGGGGCGCACCGCUCAGGAUUUACUGAGGGAGAUCGUGCUUGGAACAUUCAACAUCCCUCACCGUGUUCCAGUGAAGGCGCGUCAACUUAUCCAUCAAAUACUGACCCUGAACCCCAGGGAGCGGCCCACAGCCAAGCAAAUUCUUCAGCACCCAUGGCUGACCCAGGGUAAGCAGUAUGUACCCCAGCAUUUUACUGAGUCACUCACCAAACCCCUAGACCCAGAAAUCAUGACCAUUCUGUGUGAUCUGGGUUAUGAUCCUUAUAAGACCUGGGUGUCUCUGGCCACUAGGAAAUUCAAUACAGCCAUGGCGACAUACCUUAUAUUAAAGCACCAGAAAAGCCAGGGGCCAGGCUGCAUGUUCCAGGGGAAGCCUGUGCCUCCAAGGGUUAAGCCUCACCCAUGCCCCAUGGAUCUUUCCCAUUUCACUGGCAUCACCAAAAGGAGUCCUAGCGAGCCUGUGCUUCCCACCUUCCCCAUGCCUCAGCUGCCUGAGGAGGCCAAACAGGCAGGGAAAAAGGCUAUGAGAAGGGCCAGCCUUCCGGCCCUUCAUCUCCACUUCCUGACUACAAGGACCACGGUGCCUGAUGUACCCACCCAGUCUGACUCUGGGCAACAGCAUGCCAAGAGGAAGAACUGGAAGCGAGUGGUUAGGGGAAUUGUUUCUUGUGUCCGAAAACUGUGCUGUUGCAUACCAUGUGUCAGCAAUAAGGUGGCUCUAAUGUAAGGGGGAAGAAAUAUUCCAGAUGCCUAAUAAGUGUGGCUCUGAUGAAGUGGAGAGGUAAAACCAGAGAGCUAAAAUAGUGGACAGCCAGAAGACAUGAUCAGUUGACCCUGACAUCUCAGCCUGGGCAUGAGUCAUAUGGACUCUGAAGACCUGCAGAAGCUAAAUCUGAAAACUACCUUAGGUUCCUCUGCAUAGGUUCUGGCUGAGAGUACUUUGGAUCCACCAGGGACAUCAGGAGUCUUCUCUGCCACAUCCUGAUAAAGACAUGAGAUGUUGGAAGCCACAAAUGAACUGAGGGCAAGUCUAAGCCAUCUCUAUCGGCAAUGUGCCCCUUUGAGAAUUCUGUGUAGUCUCAGCUGAGACUGCUUCACUGACUGCAAAAAUCAUGGUCAGAGAUUCUGUGACAUAUAGGCCUCUUGGACCCAUGCAGGAGCCAGGGCCCAGAGUAAGCCCAGGUCCAUCCUGCCAUUGGCAGAGCCCCACCUGAGAUCAGGCCUGGCCAAUAUUCACCUCACUGACUACCUCAGGAGCUAGGUCCCAGGGUGGGCCAGGGUUCAUCAUGCCACAAGUAGAACACCACCAGAGCUCAGGACUACCUCUACCCACCAGCAGACUCCUGCCUGAGAUCAGGCAUGAUCCUCACCUGCCUUGCUGACUUGCAUGGCACUUGGUCCCAGGGUAGACCCGAGUCCUUUCCGCCACCAGCAAAAACACUCUGGAGCUCAGCACCAGCCAAGGAUCGCCUCUGCCCAGCAUCAAACUCCCACCAGAGCUCAGGUCUGGCCCAGAUCCACCUCACUGACCAGCGUGGAAGCCAGGGCACAAGGUAGGCCCAGGUCCAUUUCGACACCGGCACAGGCCCGCUGGCAGACACACCUCAGAGCUCAAGCUAGGCCCAAAUUCACCUCACUGACCAGCACGAGAUCCAGGGCCCAGGCAAGCCCUGGGUAAAUCCCACCACUGGCAGAAACCUGCCAGAACUGAAGCCCAGCCCAGACACUCCUUGCGACAUCCACUGGUGCUCAGACCCAAGGUAGCCCUGGGUCCAUCCCAACACUGGAAGACCUCGCCAGAGGUCUGGACAGCCUCUGCCCACUGGUAGACACCUGCAGGAGCUCAGGCACGAGCAGGUUAUGACUCACCUACCCACACAGGAUCCCAUCCUGGGCCCAGGAUAGGCCCAGGUCCUUCCCACAACCAGCAGAACCCUGCUGGUUGAAAGAUCAGAACUGCCUCUGCCCACUAAGAGAACCCCUCCUGAUCUCAAGGCUGGUCCAAAUCUACCUUGCCAUCAGGGUAGGCCCAUUCCUUCCUGCCACCAGCAGACCCCCCCCGCCCAGAUCCACCUUACUGAACAGCAUGGGAGCCAGUGCCUAAGGUAGGCCAGUUUCCAUCAGGCCACCAGAAAAGCCCUGCUGGAGCUCAAGACCGCCUCCCCCCACCACCAGACUCCUGCCUGAGCUCAUGCCUGGCCCAGAUCUGCCUUGCUGACCCGUGUGUGAGCUCAGACACAGGGUAGGCCCGAAUACAUCUCCCGACCUGCAGACAUUCGUCUGAGCUCAAGCCUGGCCAAGGACUUGCCUCUGCCCAGUGGCACAUCUCCACCAGAGCUCAGGCCCAUUCCAGAUCUGCCUUGCUCAGCUACACAGGGAUCCAGGGCCCAGGGUAGGCCCGGGUCAUCACGCCACUGGCAGAACCCUGCUGGAGCACAGGACCACCUCCACCCACCUAACAGACCUUGCAGGAGCUGAGGCCCAGCACAGAUCCACCUCCUUGACCUGAGUGGGAGCCAGGGUACAGCUUAAACCAGGAUGAUCCCACCACCAGUAGAUAACUGAGAGAUUCAGGCCUGACCCAGAUCCAACUUACCCACCAGCGUGGCAUCCUGGUUCAAGGGCAGGCUUGUUUCCAUCACACCACUGGUAGAACCCUCCUAGAACUCAGGACCACCACUGCCUACCAGCAGACUCCAGGACAGAGCUCAGUUAUGACCCAGACCUGUCUUGCUGACCUGUGUGGGACCUCAGUCCCAUGGUAGGCCGAAGUCCAUUCUGCCACCAGUAAAAACACUCUGGAGCU